GAUCCAAAGCGCACUCUAACCUUCAUGUGAUUCAUUUAAAAGCGCUUGAGUUCGAGCACUGUUAUAUCACAAAAUCCGAAAGUGUCUUAGAACAAAGUAACCGUGCUUUACGCGUAUAUACAUAUUUACUAAAAUUCAAAAAUAAUAAACGUUCUGCAUAAAAAGUAAUUUACGUUAUACGAAAAUGCUUGCCUACAGCUGUUUAGUUAUUCUCGCCUUCGUGAGCUUGCCAGCUCACCUAUUGGUUAGUGCAGCAUCUGCCGAUACGGAUAACACGCCUGCAGCUCUGCCAGCAGCUACGACACCAAUAUGUGAGGAAACCGUCUGUCCGCGUCUAUAUAUGCCAGUUUGUGGCCUGGUUGAUGGUGAACAGAUGACAACGGCCUCACGCUGUGUUCUCAACAAUAAAAUCAGAUGCUCCUCGAUAUUGCAAAGAACCUUAGGCAACAAAGCUCCGACAGUAAGCUUCUUACACAACGGUCCUUGUUUGCCGAAAGCAGGUAAAAGCAGUGCAGUGCGUAGGAGUAGAGAUAUGGUCUUAGAGAGCAACGAAGAUGACGCACGUAAAGAAGAGGAUGACGCAACUAAAGCUGGCUUGGCUGAUAUGGAAGUAGAAACCGACGAUGCUGAGGUUGAAAUGGAUCGAGCGGAAGAAGAGGACGACGACAAAUAAUAACGAAAACUUUUCGAUUCGCUUGUUGAAGAGAGAUUCUUUUUUGUUUUAUACCAUAAAUGCUGUUAUGUUUGUGCCUUGUGCUUAGUAAUAGUUUAAUAAAAAGUUUUUGUUCAGAAAAUAAA